AUGAGCACAGCACUUUUUCCAGCAUUCAAGUUUCUUGCACUUGACUACGUAUAUGAGAAUAUAAUCAAGCAAAGAAUUACUACGUCUUGGAUGUAUAUUCCAUUUCCAAAAGGAGUUCAGCAAAAUGAGAAUUAUUAUCACAGUGGGACUUUCACCAGUGAUAAUUAUAGAAAACCUUGGAAACGAAUUUCUCCCCUUGGAAAUCUCUUGGGUCUUACCUCAAAUGUAAAGGCGAGUCCAGACGUGAACCUCCUUGAAGUUACCAACGGCACCCAGCUGGAAAGACCUACAAGGUUCAAAUAUAUGUCUGAAGGUGUUGCUUGGCUAAUGUGCCCAUCCUUGCUCACAUGUACCCAGAAGGAUACCAACUGCACCCCACUUAUGUGUCCCAAGAAGUUCAACAUGCAGAACACUCCAUGUUCCACAUUUGUUGAGAAAGAAGAAUGUAUUCUCGAUGUUGUCCCAAGCUCAAACCCUUCCACCCAGAUCGAUCAGGAGGAAAUCUUGUUAUUUGUUGAAAAUGAUGUCGAAGAGGUUGGACAUAUUUCUGAAGAAUGCUGGAGGACUAGUGUUCCCAUGGGAAAAAAACCUGACGAUUAUUUUAUCCCUGAUGAUUUGGUAUUUGAUUACCACAUUGCAAAAUACGGGUGCCAUUUACCCAGUUUGGCUGUGUUGAGAAGCAGACUCAAAACUAUCCCUGUGGAAGACCCCCUUGCGAACUGGCACAAGGGCUUUUGCACAAAAGAACAUCUUUUCAGGAUGGACAUUUCUAAAGAGACAGAAACCGACUCAGAUUUUAUUACAGAAGAGUUCCGUGUUCAGCCACCAAAGGAGCAGUAUUUAAUGCUACCUUGCCCACUGGAUGUUACUGAUCACAAUAGAGUAAGCAGAACCUCUGUGUCAGAACUCAUUACAAUGCUGCAGAUCACUCCUGACACAAUACAGCAUUCACCGGCAGAAGGGCAGAUGGUUAAAACAGAUUCUAUUACCAAAUCGACAGGUAAAAUAGACGUUCUUGAGCACAGUUACAUUAAAAAGGACCUUGACCCAAUCUUUGAGGACACAGUGUGUUGCAAAUCAUACCAUGAAGCUGAGCUAGAGAUCCCAUUGACUCCACCCAAUUCACUACUUAAAUUUCAAGCACAAGCCUUAUGUGUUAACCUUGCUACAGAAGAAAUGUCACCUGCUCCCCAGAAGAUUCAGAUUGCAUUGGCUCAAGAAGAUAUUUUAGAGAGCCGGGCCUGCACGUCAGAUGUACACCACCUUCUGCUUAAAGUGCCACAGAUUCCAAACACCUUUCGCCAUGCUACUAUUUCUGAGCUCAAAAAGAAAAUCUCAAUCACAGCAGAGAAAUCUGUAGGUUUCACACUUGGAAAUAGCUGGUGGGGCGAGCUGGGGCUUAAUAUGAAGGCUGUUGAUAUCCUUGAGCCAUUGACUACAGAUGUAUACAAUGCAAACAACUUAAUUAUCAACACAAUGGAGGAUUUUGCAAUAAUCACUGCUGUACAAUUAGAAAGGUUGUUAGAGGAGACGACACUUUCUAUGAAGCAAAAAGGCGGUUUGCAGAACAGUGGCCAGGGUUUUUUGCCUAAUGCUUGCACCUCGCCAACGCCUAAGCUCUCGUGUCCUCCCUCACAAAGUGAACUCUUGGUGGAUUCAAAAGAUGCAUCUGUCAGUGAAAUGUGUGAGGACUCUGGCAAAGAUGAGAGGGCACAUUGUGAUAACCUACAUACAUUUUCUUCAUAUUCAGAAGAUGUUAAUGUUGGGAAAAAUUCACCUUUUUCACUAAGCCACUUAAACCCAACAAAGAGUUAUUCAAAAGAAAUUCAUAAUGGAAGCAAUGGUCACAAGAUAGGAUCAAAGGAUGCAUCAGAUCUUCUUAGCAGUUUCAUCAUGCUUAGGACUAACCGUGCGUUAAGUCCCAAUGACAUACUUACAGAAGGGCUCCCAUUACAAGAGAGUCAAUGCCAGGCUUACAGAAUCCUUGAAGCCUCAGCCAUACCGGUACUAAACAAACUUCAAAGCCUUGGGAUUUCUACCUGUCUGAACUGGAAGUUUGGCACAGUCGCUUUUGACUGUUCUCGUUUUUUGCUGCGGCAACGGGAAAAACUGGUCACUGAUGAAGCAAAAGCAGGAAACGAAGACGAUAAAGAUGUAAUGCUAUUCAAGCAUGCAGCUCUUUUCCAUAUCCUGGUGACACUCAGAGACCUUAUCCUCAUGUGUGACUUUGAUAUGGCUCUAGAGUAUUUGCACGAAGCAAAGGAUAUGUAUAAAAGUCUGCUGGGGUCCAGUUUAGAUGACAUGUACCGAAAGCUGGAGAUUGUGCAGUUUGUUAAAGAAAAAAAUGAAGAGUUAAACCCCAAGAUUUUAGUUCUGCAAAGCCAGUUGUCCCAAUGGAUGGAGAGACAACAAAUGGGGGAGAAGCAGUUCAAAGUGAUAAUUAUAACACGUAUGGAUUCUGACAACGUCAAAACAGUAAUCAUCGAUGGCCUUUGUGAAAUAAAAGGUAUGAAAGUCACAAGUUUAUAUCCUACCUACGGAAGAAGAAUUCUGGACAGCAAAGAAGUACUAGAAAGUUUGAAAAUGUGUACGUGCAUCAUAAUAAACAACCAGCACAUAGGCAAUGAUUUUCCUUGGACUCAUUUCUGCCUUGUUAUUGAGUAUGACUGCACUGAUUGCUGGCUAAACCUAUGCCAGGCCAUAAAGGUACCUCACAUGACCUUAAAAACCUGCCUCCCAAAGGCUUUUCUAGUAGGUAAGUUUUCUUUCAGUCAAAUUCUUCUGAAAAUGCAGAUUCCAUAUAUUUUCAUAUGUUCCGAGGGUUUUUUAAACAACACAGAGAUCUUGAAAAUGAUGGAGUCAAGGUACGGCAUCACAUUUAUUGAGAGAAGCUGCAGUGCAUCUUUACAACUGUUUGGAAAACAUGACCAUUGUGCACUUAUCACUGUAGAUGAGAGCACUUCCAUAAUAAUGCAGGACAUUGAUGAACUGAAAUACGAGAAGACAUCAGAGAACUUAAUCCUAAAACUAGUGGCCUUGUCUCUGCAAUACAGCUGCUGCUGGAUCCUUUUAUUUUCUAAAGCAAUACAUCAUUCUGAAUACAUUUUUUCAGAAAAUACACUUCACAGUUUGGCAUUGAUUUAUGCAGCCAUGGUUCCACUAACAUCAAAGUCUGCAGAACUGGAUGUGAAGGUUAUUGUUACUUCAGGACUGGAAAAGACAGGAUUAAUACUUCGCCAAAUUGCAGACUACACUCUCAGGUCUUGUAAGAGUACCCCCAGCGGAUGGUUGGACAGGUCCUGGCUGUCUGUACUCACUUCAGAGGCAGAACAGCGUCUGCUUGCCUUUCCUUGUAUUAAUCCCAUGGUGGCUCAGCUAAUGUUACACAGAGGAUGUUCUUUACAAUGGGUACUAUCUGCAAGCAAAGACCAGCUGCAGGAGCUCUUUCCAGAAGUACCUGCAAAAGUUUUAAAGCACUUUAGUGAUAUCACCUCUUUACAUCAACUCAGCACUUCAGCAUCCCCUCCUGUGGCCUCUGAUAUUACGCAGUCGCAUAGGAAAGACUAUUGCUACGACCCAUACAAUAUUCAUGCCCAAAACUCAUCACCUGGCAGACAUGAGCAUACGAGCAGCAGUCUGCUUUUAUGUGGAAAACCUCAAUAUGGGGUUUUAUCACCGAAACUCCUUGGAUACGUAUCACCAUUGAGGGCAACAGAAGCUGUAGAUUUCGGCAUUUCUAGUUCUUUACAUUGUUACCACGGAGAGAACAGUGAAUUCAAACCCAUCCAAUAUAUGAUGCAUGGCCAGAAAGACACUUUCCGAAACAAUACUGAAGUGUUCAGAGAGACUGACCAAAUGUGUUUGACAUCAACAUCAUUGGAUAAGCCUGCUGGUACUAUAAUACCUUCGGCGGGAUCUGGAUUCCACAAUAACUUCUGUACUUUUUUGGACUGUUUUAACCAACCAUGCAAGACACAUGAUUGUGUAAAUGACUUUGAACAACAGAGUCAUGAUUCUGUUUGUCUAAUGGACAAUCUUAGUGGGUCUGUGUCCUCAAACAAGGAAGACGAUACUCUUCAUGACAUCUGUCACCAACACUUUAAUGGUUAUUGUGGAAGAAGCGUUACUCAGAGAAACAGUUAUUUCACAGACUCAUUAAACCACCGAUCUCCAGAAACGCCACUAUACUUCCCAGAUCAAUUAAGAGAUGUGGCAUGUGUCAAACAGCCUGUGACCAGUGAGAAGCCACAGCUCCUUCAUCCUUCACCACUAAAGCCAGGGGCUUUUGAUUUCACCCCUUUCUUAAAUACAAACAAUGACUUUUUAGGUAACCCUGAUUUCUACCAGCAGUCGGUCAGGUCUUUUGACAAGGCAGGAGUCACUAUGCAGAACAACAUCCUAAAUGACAAUGAAGAAAUAAAGGGAUUACAAUUUGCUCAGUUACCGCAACCAAAAAGGAGGAAACUGUCAUUUGAGAAAGUUCCAGGAAGACGAGAUGGUCAAACCCGGCUUAAAUUCUUCUGAAUGAUAAAAAAAAAUACCUACAGGUUUUGAUUAGGGUUGUUGAUGUUCACCUGUCAUGGAAU